GCGUGUGGGGGCGGGGCUUCUCAGGCCGUUUCAGCAUGGCCGCCGGCGCUGCCGCUGCUGCUCUAGCGUUCUUGAAUCAAGAGAGCCGAGCCCGGGCGGGGGGUGUGGGAGGCCUGCGAGUCCCGGCUCCGGUCACGAUGGAUAGUUUCUUCUUCGGUUGUGAGCUCUCCGGCCACACCCGCUCCUUCACUUUCAAGGUUGAGGAAGAGGAGGAUACGGAACACAUGCUGGCAUUGAACAUGCUGUGCCUUACCGAGGGGGCCAAGGACGAGUGUAAUGUGGUGGAAGUUGUGGCCCGGGAUCACGACAACCAGGAGAUUGCAGUCCCUGUGGCCAAUCUCAGGUUAUCUUGCCAGCCCAUGCUCAGUCUGGAUGAUUUCCAGCUCCAACCACCUGUAACCUUCCGCCUGAAGUCGGGCUCUGGGCCUGUGCGCAUCACUGGCCGGCAUCGGAUUGUUUGUGUAAACAAUGAUCUUUCCGAAGAAAGCGAGGACGAUGAGAGCGAGGAGGGGGAAGUUAAGCUGUGUGGCAUCCUUCCUGCCAAGAAGCACAGGGGCAGGCCCUAGCCCGCCUUGGUUAGGCUGCUGCUUGCUAGAGGCGACACGCACCGCACUGUGUGUUCCUGGACGAGUUUCAAGACUUGUAAACGUUCUUGUUGAAGAGGAGAGUUGGGAAGGGGCCGGUGGGAGGGACUUGGACUGGUGCCAAGAGAACUGGCAUUCUCCAUAGGCCCUGUGUUUGCUCCUGCAGGUUGCCCGAAGCUUAGCCUUUUCUAUUGGGGUGGGAUGACCUUUGAACAUCUCUCCUGACCCCCCCACCUGCCCAGAUUGAAAGUUUUGUGAACCCCCAGGUUCAGUUCUCAGCACUGCAAAAAAAAAAAAAUGAAGUUCAGAAUAACACGUUUUUAACACUUUUUACAUUUUUAGAUAAAGAUCUAAAUAAAGUGGUGUGUGGUUGUUUUGCAA